CGACACAAUCAGUUGUUCGCAUUGGAUUAUUCUGACAAUAAAUUUAACAAAAUGUAGAAAUGCAAAUGGAUUUCAUUUAUAUAUUCACAUUGUAAAUAUAUAAGUUCGUUAUGGAGGAUAGUUUAAGUGUUAAAUCAAAUGAGUCAGUAGCUACUAGUGAGGAAUUUGAUUUUGUUGGAGAAAAACCCGGAGUUAGUAGGACACCCACUUUGGACUUCAAAAACGGUGACUUGAAUGAACUGAAGAACGCCCUUACUGAGGUAUUGCAAGAAAGUGGUGGUAACAUGAAUGAAAUCAUAGAAGAUGAUGAGAAAAAAAUUGGGCAGUCAACAUUCUAUAGGGCUGUUCCAUUGGGAAAGGACCCAUUAACAAUGGACAUAUCUCCAACAGAAAAACAGGAUGCAAUGAAACCUGAUUCUAGUGAGGAGGAAGAUGAAGUUUCAGAUGUUGACCAAGAAUGUACAAUAUUUUCUGGUGUUACAUAUUUGGGUGCUGCUGCAAUAAAUGCCCCAAAAUCUGAGGCUGAAAUUCAAAGAAACAUGGCCAUAUUAAAUGAACAAAGUUAUGAUCAGGGUAUUAAAGUUUCUGUCUCUGUGCCAUCAUCUUCUCAAGGAUUUGUUGUGCUUUAUGAUGCAAAUACAAAUUCUGUUAUUUCCCGAUAUGAAAUACAUAGAAUUGUAUUCUACACCCGUGGCUCAUUGGAGACAGCUGAGGCAAGUUGCUUUGCCUUCACCUGGUCACAUGGUGAUACUCAGGAGUCAGCUAUCUAUCAGUGCCAUGUUUUUAGAUGUGAUAUAGCAGAAGCUGUGUCAAGAGUGUCAGGGUGUUUCGCAAAAGCAUUUCAAAGAGUACCCAGGUCAAUGAGUAGUUCAGUUACUUCUGCUGCGGACAUGACUGGAUCGAUUACGACAUUGUCUGAAGCCCGAACUCUUAUGUACGUUUUCGAAGUGAAUUUGGAAAUAAAAGAAGACGAUGGAAAGGGCGUUUUUACUAACGUUGGAAAGGACAAAAGCGGUUUUAAGCUUAAGGCGAACGUCGAAAAGCAACUUGCCAUCAGCAUUCGUCAAGUAUCCGAAAAUGGACCGCAAUUACACAUCGAACGUUGUUUUGGAGUGUUGGUGGCUGCCGGAAGGCAUGUCAAACACUCCGAUAUGCAACUGCUCGAGAUGGUUGAACAAAUCGAAUCGAACGGAUCGACGCCGGCAACGGAGAGAAACGGGACGGUGAUUUGUGCAGCGUGGGACACAUCUGAACGUUCGUUCGAUGCGUUCAACGUCGAAACGCCUAAGGACGGAAAACAGUAUAUGACAGUGGCCGUUGAUUUGGUCAUCAGGUGCAUUAAGGAACCAGUCAGGUUUCUGAUUGAGACUCCAGUCAGAAUAUACGGCCAGAGUGAGAGGAAUUUCUGGUAUUUUAAUCGUAAAAGUCUCACUCAGCAAUUCUUCCUGAAUUUAAAAGAGGUGGUUGACGUCGACCAUAACGAUGUUUCGUAUGAAGUGCUAAGCAUGGAAACAUCAGGUGAACUAGAUAGGAAUUUACUAAAUCUCAAUCUCAAUUUGUCCAGCCUUAUACAAUCCCCAAGCAUUACGUCCAUAGAUACUUUAACUCCCAAAGAAGAAUACCAUUCAGAUGGUGACGAACCCCUGCUAAGCGGUACCGGACUUGUCUCGAAAGAUUGUUCAGAAGACGUGUUGGAAACAUGGGGAGACGUGUUGAACCGCUGGAAAUCGACCAAGCUAAGACCUAAGCAACUGAGCGGUCUCGUCCGACUCGGUAUACCGGAGGCCCUCAGGGGUGAGGUGUGGCAACGGUUGUCGGGUGUCGAAGAGAACUCCGACAUGCUCGAAAACUAUCGAGUCUUAAUUACAAAGGAGAGCAGUUGUGAGAAUGUCAUACAGAGAGACAUAGCCCGGACAUUCCCGGCUCAUGAUUUCUUCAAAGAAGCCGGGGGUUUGGGCCAGGAUUCCUUGUAUCGCGUCAGCAAAGCUUACGCUGUUUAUGAUUCCGAAGUAGGAUACUGCCAAGGACUGAGCUUCCUCGCUGCCACAUUAUUAUUACAUAUGCCUGAGGAACAAGCUUUCUGUGUACUAGUCAAGUUGAUGUACGACUACGGCCUGAGGGAUCUGUACAAAGACGGAUUCGACAAUUUAUAUCUUCGUUUGUACCAACUAAAUAGAUUGAUGGAGGAGCAAUUACCUCCAUUGUUUGCCCAUUUUAAAAAUCACAACGUGGAAACCCACAUGUUCGCGUCCCAGUGGUUCCUAACACUGUUUACUGCCAGAUUUCCACUCUAUUUCGUUUUCCACAUUAUAGAUGUGUUUCUGUUACAGGGUAUUGAUACUUUGUUCCAAGUAGCACUAGCCCUACUUUCAUUAUGUAAAAAAGAUUUGUUGCAACUUGAUUUCGAAGGAAUUUUGAAAUAUUUCCGCGUUUCUCUACCAAAGAAAUGUCGCACUGAGGAGUCGGCUAAAAAUCUUAUUAAAUUGGCUUGCAGCAUUAAGGUGAAGAAACUUAAGAAAUAUGAGGCUGAUCUGAUGAAUUUGAAAGACAGCUGGGAAAUUAUCAAUUUGGAUUCAGAGGUUGCAGAGAAGAAGGAACAGGAGGCGAACGAAGUGGAACAACUGCGCCAGACCGUCGUCCGCUACGAAGACGAGCGCAAGCUCUUGAUGGACGAGAUCACUCAGUUGAAAGAGAUGCUGAAACGCGAGGUGCAUCAGGCCGAGAACGAUCAGAAGAACAACGCGGCAAUAAUCAACGACUACAAACUGGUCAGACAGCGGCUCGACACGCAGCUUCAUGCUGUCAAGGCGGAGUUAGAUUCUCUUAAGGCUUAUGUAAGCAAUUGCGAAAAAUGUUCGACAUAUUUGAAAGAGGAUAAGACGGAUCCCAUGAAAUCGAGUCUAACUGAACAAUUAACCGAGGAAGAACGGAUUAGAGAACUAGAGCUAGAAUUGGCACAGACAAAAUUAGCACAUGUAGAAGCGGAAUGUAGAAAUCAAAAUUUAACGCAUCAGCUUAGAGCAACAGAACAGGAACUGACAACUGCAAAGAAUAGUUGGCCGCCAUGGCUCAGCAAGACUCUGAGUUCCAUCAAGGAGGUGGCGAACAAGAAGGAGUUCACGCACUUCAACUAUCCCCAGAAUCAGAUGCCGAUGAACCCCACCUUUAUCUCGCACAUUGGUGAACCGAGUAGACGGGACAGCGUGCCCUUGAGACACGACCGGCCAACCAUCGUGACCGAUGGGCGUCGCGAGUCGGCUCCGCCACUCAUAAAGGAUUCGCAAAGUUGUAGCAGUUUACAAUCUUAGAUUUUUUGUUAUGAAUGGUUUCAGUUUGUUCAUGUUGAAUGUGUAUAUUGUUGAUUUUCUGGUUCCGUUUUCUUUUCUAUAGACUGAUUCAAUAUGCAGUUUAUGAGGAAUGAGAACCUAUUUAUACGAUUUACCAUACCAUCCCGCAUAAUUUAAUAUGAGAUUAAGAAUUUUUUAAUCUAUUUUGAUAUUAAUCAACUUAUUUGGUCUCUGAUCUCAGAUCUCAGUUUAAUUCUACAAUUGGUAGUGGCCAUACCAAAAUAAAUUUGAAUAUGACUAUGUUUUUGCUAAUAUGCAAAUAUUCGUUACUUGUAAAAAUACUACAUUUAGAAGCCAUUUAUGCAAAUGUUUUAUAACAUUGUAAUGCCAUAGAAAUUAUAAUCUCAUUAUGAUAAAAGGGACCACCAACACUUUUAAAGCUGAAUUCCAAAAUCGAGAAUGUAUUACAUUAAGUUUCAGAUAAAAUGUUUCCAAAAUAAGUACCAAGUUGAAUAUUGAAUCAUUCUGUAACAUGUAUCUUGCUUUAAUUUUUUCUAAACCACUUUUAGUAUUUAUUUUUCAUAUGCUUAAACACAGAAUAGUCUUAUAAUUAAAUGGCAAUACAUAUUAAAUAUCAAUUUAUCAUACUGAUAUUAACCAAGUAAAGACUAUUUUGAAUCUGAGCAGAUAUUUUAUAUACACUAUUUUUGUGAUUUUUGAAACAAGUACUCUAAAAUACUUUGAUGUCAUUUAUUUUGUUAAUAAAAGUACAAUGCUUGGAAUAUUGAAAGUUAUUUUUUUACCAGCACUUAAUUAAAAUUACUCUUAUUUUAACUUAGAACUUACAUUUGAUUUUAUUUUAACGAAUCACAUCUACGGCGAUUUAUUCAACCACAUAAUCAAAAAUACAUGUUAUGUAGUUUUGAAAUAAACGAGACUUCAAAUUUUAGAAUGGAGCGUACAUAUGUGCUAGUCAGCAAAUCUUACAAAAAUGAUGUACACAAAGUGAUUGAAUAUUUUGCUGAGGAAUUAUAGCCAUAACAUUUAGUGAUAUGUUUUAACGUGAUAGAUUUAUGUAUAUUCUCUCUAUUAUUAAGUUAUUUAUGUAUUGGUUACACCAACAAAUAUAUAUGCACUUUUUUUAAAUAAAAAUUUACAAAAACA